AUGCUGUCUCGGGGAAAAAAACUGGUAUUACUGACACGUCCAACAUCGCCCAUUGAAAGAAAUGAAGCCGUCGAAUUUUCAGUUCCACCAUCUGAUAUCAACCAAAACGGCAGUAACUCUGUUUUACCAAAUCUUACCUCCCCACAUAGUAAUACUGUUAUCGACGACGAAAAUUCAACAGAAAACCAAACUGGAUGUACAACUGGUACUGAUUCAGGUGAUGAUUUCAAGCCCCCAUCUAGUUCGUCUUCAUCCUCAAAUUCUUCCAGUUCGAGUAGUUCAUCUAGUGAUAGUAGCUCUGAGAAUGAGGCUGUUGAUGAUCAAGAAUCAACAUCAUCACCAAAAACAAGGGGAAGAAAACGUACUCGUAAUCCUAAUAGCUGGAAAAAAAAUAUAGCAAAGAAAUUAAGGAAUUCCGGUAAGUGUCGGCUGGCUUGCUCAUCUCAUUUUACCCAAGAAAAAAGAAUUCAAAUAUUCAAAUCUUAUUGGGAGCUAGGCAGCAUAGAAAGACACCGUGAUUUUUUGAAUUCCUGCAUCAGACCACUGGAAAUUGCAAGCCGGCGUAUUAAAACAAAUCGUCGGUACCCGAGACAAGGGAGCUCUGCAUUUUAUUUACUCAAUGAUAGUCAGUCAAUCAGGGUUUGCAAAACAUUUUUAAUUAACACCUUGGGUAUUUCGCCAAGAACUAUACGAACUGUCAUUGAUGCUUCAAAACUCAAUGACGGUAUCAUUCCCGAAGACCACCGAGGCAAACACGGGAAGCAUUGCAAAUUGGACAAUGAUAUGAUAAAAGCCGUCAAAGACCACAUUGAAUCUAUUCCUAAAGUGGAAAGCCACUAUUUGAGGGCAAACACAAGUAGGCUUUUUAUUGACGGUGGCUUGACUAUUGCAGAAUUGCACAGAAACUAUAAGGAAGUACAGAAACAAAAUAAUAAGCCAGCUGUUAAUUACGACGCCUAUCAACGCAUUUUUAAUCAUGAUUUUAACAUUGGCUUUUUUAGGCCGAAGAAAGAUCUUUGUGACCAAUGCGUUGCAUACAAAAAUGCACCGGAACAAGAAAAAGUAAAAUUAUAUGCCAGCUACAAGAUUCACCAAGAAGAAAAGAGCUUGAGUAGGAUCGAAAAAGAUAGAGACAUGAAAGAAUGUCAAGAUCCUCAAAGCACAAAGAUUGUAUGAGCAAAGAAGACAGGGAAACCAUUUUUGGUUAAAGAAAUGAACUACAGUGAAUUCGUCGAUCUUAAGGCUUUGGCAGAUAACAUAAACUUUAACAUGACUAAAAAUAUUAACGGGGAUGCAAUUAAAAUUAGCGAGAUUAUGAGUAUUAAGUUUAUUAAAAAUUGCGCCAAUUAUCAAUAUCGAACAACCUACAAGACCGAAAACUGGGAAGAGGCCAUAGCUAUGAUAGAAUCUAAUAGAAAUAACUUACGUCGAGGUCGAGGCAAUGUUACAAGUAUUAAUGAGGUCGCUUUGAAACCAGCGUAUACCUCGAAGAUUGCUAUUACAGAACGCAAGAAGCGCGACCUUUUGAGUUUGGUAGACACAAACAUAGUGCCAAGAUACUAUGAAAAGUUCUAUAGAGAUCUCAUUUAA